UAUAAUAACAAUAAUAAUAAUAAUAAUAAUAACAAUAAUAAUAUAAAUAAAAAUAAUAAAAAAAAAUGAUAAUGAAAAGUUAUUAACUCCAAUGUCAAAUUUGUAAAUUUUUAAAUUCCAGGGGCAAAUUCGUAAUUUCAUUCGAAGGAGGGUGGCGAUAAAAUAAAAAAGUGGCGAAAAAUAAGAAUCGGGUUAUUUUUAACCAUUUUCCUAAAUUUAAAAUAUAUUCAUUUACAUAUAUUUCAGGAAUAUGCUGAGGAUGACCAGGUCCAACUGAAGAUGAUGCCAUUUUGCACCAACCUAGUUGCUGUUUUCACAUUUGUCCAAGUUAAUGUAGCUGCUGUUGUUGAGGAAAUAGUUUACAGGGGUUUGUUGCUCACUUCCCUGACAAAAUGGGUAGCUACACCCACAGCUCUGCUUCUUUCAUCAGUGGCUUUUGGAUUGUUACAUGUUGGAGCUCAAAGAUUUGACUUGAAUGUUUUUCCCCCUCAUUUUUUCUUUGGUUUGUUUACGGGAGCUGUCUACCUUUAUUCAAGGAAUCUCUGUGCACCAAUUCUGCUGCACAGUGUUUACAAUUCAGCGAUGUUUGUAUACUUUCUGGUAAUUAUUUCAUAG